UGAACCGCACAUCUGUGAUGGAGGCGGCCAAAGACCAAGAGACAAGGUACUGUGUGUCGGCGGCCAACAUAGCUCUCACAACACAGCGGACGAUCGCUCCUAACGCCACAGAAGCUCAGAGAAACAUGUGGGAGUGCGAUAACCACAACGACCGGAUAGAUUGCUACAUGACAACCCUGAAGAAGCUGGACGAGACCACAUGGGGGAAUCUGUCCAAAAUUGCCGAGAAAGCUCUGCCUGAGAUAUGUCUCGAUGUGUAGAUAGAACACAAUGCACUGUAUAUUGUUAUGUGUUGUUGCUUGUCUUUUUGUAAAGCACCCAGAGUCUGCGUUCUUUAAUCGGAGCUUAAAUCAUGUUGUUUGAAUAGUCGCUUUUAAGCACAAGAGGGCUAUCCUGAAAAAUGCUGUUUUAAACAAAUCGAAGAUAACGUUUUUGGACCCUCGUACAGUUUCUUUAAAAGACAAGGAAGGUCUUCUCUAUAAUCAAACAAAUAUACACACCAAUGAAACUAAACUUCUCCUAUAGGUAGGGCAAUGCCCACUUUUGGUGUAGGUCAAGAUUUCUGGAAACCCCCGAAAUCUGGGUUAGCCCGCUUGUCGGUAAAGGCGACCCAAUGUCAUGCAUGAACACAUGUAUUAUAAGUAUUGUCACAUGCCUGGACUUAUGACUAGUCCUAAAUGAUAGAGAAUAGCUGAACUUUUCUGUCAAUGUUAAUUUAGGAUGCUAAAAUGAA